GUAAUGGAUUCUAUAAUAGAUUCACUGACAGUGUAGUACAUUUUAGAAGAAUUAAUUGAAAGCUUUAGAAGAAUAGAACUUUAGUUUUUAAGUAUUUAUUAUUACAAAAUCAGACAAAAAAUUGUUGAUUUUUAGUCCCUGUUGAACCAAAAGAACUUUCCCUUAAUUUAAUUCUUUCUAACGAUACCAAAAUUGAGAAACAAAUAUGGAACUAAGAUCUAUGACCAAUUUACUAGAGACAUACUUUAAUAAGAUUAAGACUAAAGAAAAAUAUGUAGAAGCCAAAUGAGAUCCAUCAACCUAAAAGAGAGAGAGACAAUCCAGAUAGACAUAGAAGUUUUCUACCUUUGUUCUUUUCCAGUUGAGCCAAAUUAUCAAUAUUUCUUGAGAACCAUGUGGUCUACCCCAUUAGACAAGACUUAAGAUAGAAGACAGCAAAAUUUCUUUACCAAGGAGAAAAGACUAGACUAUUUCAGAAUCCCCAACAUUCUCUUCUAAGAAAUAAGAUUUCCUUUUUCAGAAUGAUUC